AUAUUUUUGUAAACAAAAGUCAAACUCAAGUCAAGACAUGAAUUGUUGACAAACUAUGAAUCAAAACAAUGGAUCAGUUCCGCCACUUCCUCCGCGACGUUGUGUUAUAUCAAUGGUUGGCCACUCGUCGUCACGCGCAUCGACGUCGAGUCCACAAUCGACGGUAAGUUCAUCGGACGCCAAACUUCUCCAAUCGGUUCCUCCGCCGCCACAGCACUCAAAAUAUAAUGAUUUAAUAAACCUUCGGAUGGAUUGCAACCAAAAUGACAACUCAUUACUGGCCAAUCAAUUUGCGGGACACACCGUCUUCAACAAUAACCAAUGGUCUACAACAAGACCAGUGACAACAUCAUUGGCAACUCCGCCGCCGAUGUCUUCGACAGCCAAUAAUUCAUCAUAUAUUCAAUGGCAAAACCAAAGUGUUUGUCCAACAAGUUUAAUGACUCAACCGCCACCUCCAACAGUACGUCCUUCAAUGUGGUCAAUGAGUGGUCCCUCAGUGUCUGCAACUAACCGCACGUCCGCUUUCUUUAAUUAUUCUUAUUCUUCAUCUGCCGGAGUAUCACCUGUUAGUCCAGUGCAUGGAUUGGCACCGAUUGCCACACAAUUAUCUCAUAGUCUUUCGGCUCCAACUUUUUCCAGUAAUGGUUUCUCAAACACAACAUAUAAUUAUUCAUUUGUAACCAACGAUAGCAAACAAACCAUGACAUCAAAUUCAACAACUUUUGAAGACAUUAAAAAACUUGUCACUAAUGGUAACUCAAAUGUUUACCAAACGCUCGUCAGCAGCGAUUCAAAGUCAAAAAGCAAAGACUUAAUUGAUUUAAAUGAUAACGAAAAUAAAAAUGUACUUCAAUUGUUUGAUCCACUGAGUCUUAGAGAUGAAAACAAUGAAAAUGAAUUAAACUUUUCCAAUAAUUUUGAAUUGGAUGAAACAGAUAACACAGACAACGAUGUCAUCGGCAAAAUGAAAUCGCAAACAAUGGUUAGUGUUGAUCAACCACAGUCUGCAUUUAUGGAGAGUAAAAAAGAUAUAAAAGCUCAAAAAGACGAUAAAAAUAAGGAUACAAUUAGUUAUAAUGAUAUUAAUGAACCAUUUCGUGUGACAACAAAGAAGUGUAGAUCUAAUGAAGAACUGGACAAUUUCAGUACUCAACUCAUUGCUUUAAGACAACAAUUUAAAUAUAAUGAUUACAUUAGUAAUUCAGGACUUGUUAUAUCUCCUACUCUGGACUCACAACGGGAUACUUCAUUAAGUGUUAAACUUAUUAUUGAAACACAACUAUCCCAACAACCCGUUUCUUUUACUUGUAAUGUCGAGACCAGUAUAGAGCACAUUAUAUCGCAUGUUAUCUGUACUCUUGUUGAAGAUGCAUCUAAUGUAAAAAUGGACGAUUAUGUACUAAAAGUUUACGGAUUAACAGAAUAUUUUGCAGCCGAUUCAUUAUUAGCCAAUUAUCUGUAUAUUCAUCAAUGUCUGAAAUUCGAUAAAGAUGUUCACUUGAGUUUAGUUUACAUAAGAGAAUUGAAUCGACUGUUUGCUCGAACAAUGAUUGACGACAAUAACAUUGACUUUACCGUCGAUGAGAUUAUUCCGAAAGCAAUUAUAUGGAAAUUUAGUGAUUUAAAUACAGAAACUAUCAAUAUUUUACUCGAAAACUUUGACCGAGAGAUAAGCAAACUGAGAGCCGACGCUAGGAUGUCGAGUGGUGGACAACUACAGUCACAAUCGAUCAUUCAGACAGUGAAAGCCAUUUGUACUCAUUUAUCAUCAUUAGAGACAAUAGCGUUAACGGAAUCGGCCGUAAAUUUUUCACAAUUAUGUAACGCAUUUGGGACAUAUAAACGGGAUUCAAUAACUGCCUUAAAUGAUAACACAAACGAUAUUAAAAUAAAACAAAUACCAGAUUUUGAUGCAAAAUUAUGGGAGAUAUUAGAUAAUGCAUUGUGUAAAUUGCGAACAGCUUUAAUACAACUCAUUUAUAUCUAUUCGCAAACAUUUCCCGUUGAGUUUGAAAUUGAUUGCGAUUUACUCAGGAAUAAGAAAAAAACCAAAAAAGACAUUUCUUCAUCAAUGGACACUCUUUUAUGUUAUAUUGGGGUUUGUUGUCAAUUACAACCAGAAUGGAUGUCCACUUUCAAGGAGUAUAAAUUAAGGUUUCGACUGAUUCACGGCGAUCACAAUCUAUCGACGGCUACCACCAAAACUGUCAGUACGACUAAGUAUUUAUUUAAUCGUUUGACAUUUGAUGAAUGGUUGCCAUUUGAUUGGCCCAUAUUUAAUCUUCCUCGUGAAGUUAAACUUGAAAUCACUUUAAUUGGCAUAAAAAAUUUAUCACAAACUGAUGGUAAUUCGUCGCCACCAACAGUUUCAUCGGGAACUGGUCAAGAUAAUAAAAUAACUGUUGCUACUCAAGAGUUGGGUAUUGGAUAUUUGCAGUUGUUUGAUCACAAACAAGUCUUAGUUGAUGGACAAUAUUUGAUCCCAUUGUGGAUAAAUUCACCAGAGUUUUCAAUUGAAACCGAUGCCAAACUUAUUAACUCAUUUUGUUGCGAAAAAACCAAUCCAAUUGUUCACAUCUGUUUUCCCGAAACCGAAUUCGAAAUUCGAUUUCCAGCAAUUAUUUGGGAUCAAUCUAGUGAUGCUUCUAAACUUAGGCGAAGUAUUAAUUCAUUGGAUUCGGCCACACAGACAGAAUUGUAUCAAUUGUUGAAACGAAAUCCAUUAGAGACAAUGUCUUGUGGUGAAAGAGAACAACUAUGGGAUCGAAGGUAUUAUCUCUAUGAUUGUCCCGAAGCUCUUCCUAAAGUACUUUUGGCGUCACAUUCCUGGGAACCGACAGCUUUGAGCGAUAUCUAUCAAAUGAUGCAACAUUGGUCACAAUUAUCACCUAUUGAUUCAAUGCAACUAUUGAUGCCCUCUUAUCCAGAUAUUUAUGUCAGACAAAUAACUGUUAAAUGGCUUAAAAAGCUAACUUCGGAUGAGUUGUGCGAUUUUAUGCCACAACUUAUUCAAGCCCUGCGUUUUGACGCUUAUAUGGAUUCGCCGUUGUUUUGGUUUCUUUUGGAGAGUGCAUUGACUUCUGUUCGUGUUUGUCAUCAUCUCUAUUGGAUCCUUAAGUGCAAUAUUAAUGACCAAACGUUUACAUAUCGGUCUCGAAUAUAUUUGAACUCAUUAUUGGCAAUAAUAGGCAAAUCGACAAAUUUGAUGAUUGAUAGACAAGAAUAUCUUUGUCGAUCACUUUCACAGAUCUGCGAUCACGUCAAGACUGCUAAAGAAUCACAACGGCUUACAACACUAUUAAACGAAUUGGAAUCAGUUAACGAUUAUUUGAUUGAAAAUCCAACUGUUUUGCCAUUGACUCCAUCAAUGCUUGUCUGUAGUAUUGAUGUAAAACUUUGCUCAUAUUUUCCAUCUAAUUCUUUGCCGUUAAAACUUGUGUUCAAAAAUCCUGACACAAAAACAUCUUUUUCGUCACUUGAGGCGAUCUUUAAGGUCGGUGACGAUUUAAGACAGGAUAUGCUAUCGAUGCAAAUGAUUCAGAUUAUGGAUAAAGUAUGGCUUAAAGAGGGUUUAGAUCUACGAAUGGUGACCUUUGGAUGUAUGGCCACUGAUUUUCGUAAAGGAUUUAUUGAAAUGGUUCGCUAUAGUGAAACUCUGCGUAAGAUUCAGUUAGAGCAUGGAUUGACCGGUUCUUUCAAAGAUCGACCCAUUUAUGAAUGGCUACAAAAGCAUAACACAUCUGAACUCGAGUAUCACAACGCAGUCGAGAAUUUUACCUAUUCUUGUGCCGGAUAUUCUGUGGCCACAUAUUUGUUGGGUAUUUGUGAUCGACAUAAUGAUAAUAUAAUGCUUACAACUUCUGGACAUUUGUUUCACAUUGAUUUCGGCAAAUUUUUGGGAGACGCGCAAAUGAUGGCCGGCAUAAAACGAGAUCGGGUGGCCUUUGUAUUAACUCAAGAUAUGGCUUAUGUCAUCAAUGGCGGUGAUAAGCCAUCGAAAGCGUUUCAAUUUUUUGUUGAUCUUUGUUGUCAAUCGUUUAACUGUUUGCGACGUAACGCAAAUUUUUUGUUAUCUUUGUUUUCAUUGAUGAUGUCAUCGCGUAUCUCUGGUCUUAAUACUGAAGCCAUCAGAUAUAUUCAUAAAGCACUUAUGCCUGGAUUAAGUGAAUCUGAAGCCAUGUCUCAGUUUACUCGUAUGAUUGAGGAAUCAUUGCGAUCACGUUUUACUAAAUUUAACUUUUUUAUUCACAAUUUGGCACAAUUAAGGUUUACUGGUGACCAUAACGAUCAAAUGCUAUUAUCAUUUAUACCCAAAAAGUUUACCAAAGAAUCGGACGGAGAGAUUACGGCGCUUGAAGUGGUCGACUGUUAUAAGAAGUACGAACAGGAAAAAGUCUAUUACUAUAGUAUUAGAGUUGAUCGACAGUUCCAACCCGACCCCAGUUUUAUUCACCGAUCGUAUAGAGAAUUCAUUGAAUUCAAUGAUAAGAUCACUGUUUUGUAUCCUUUGGCGAAAUUUCAUGUAUUACCGCGAUCUUCGAAUUUGAUCCGUUCAAACACUAGAGAUGUAGCCGUUCAACGAAUGCACGAAAUCAAGCAAUUUGUGUCGGGAUUAAUGCGUUUGGCUCAUGAAAUAUCUCACUCAGACAUUGUUUAUACAUUUUUUCAUCCAUUGCUCAGAGAUCAGGAGGGAGUUAACACAUCGACUACUAUUAACAUAGCUUCGCCUUCAAGUCACAUUUAUCCGUCAACACCUCAUUCAGUAUCACGUCGUGACACACUUUAUGGACCAACGAUUACUGGUCAGGUGAAGUUGUCCAUUGUCUACAAGAAUAUGUCUUUAGUCAUUAUGAUAAUGCACGCCAAGAACUUGCAAUCAUGCCGUUCAACUGCACCCGAUUGUUACGUUAAGACUUAUCUUAAUCCUGAUCCAAGUAAAGUGACAAAACGCAAGACGCGUAUCAUUAAUAAGUCAUGUCAUCCGACAUUCAUGGAAAUGAUUGUUUAUCACGGAAUACCAAUUGAAAAACUUCAACAAAAGACACUUCAGGUUUCUGUUUGGGAUUACGAUAGAGUCACUGAAAAUGUAUUGAUUGGCGGAACGCAUAUAAUUCUAAAUCAAUUGAAUUUAAAACGUGAAACUUGUGAUUGGUUUGCACUUCAAGGAAAUUAGUCUAUUUUAAUAUAAAAAAGUUUUAUUA